AUGGUGGCCCAAAACCCCCUUUUCAGCGGUGGCCAUGUCAUGCGCAAGUUCAGCGCGACGGUCAUCAACGACGUUUGGCCUGAGACGCUAUUUUUCACUGCCGUAGCUGUCGCGGUCGCCGUCGUCACCGAAACAAAAACUCACAACCUCGCAAUCAGCAACAGCUUGCUGACCGUCCUUGGUACCGUUCUCGGUCUCGUCAUCAGUUUCAGAACGUCUUCGGCCUAUGAAAGGUAUCAGGAAGGUCGCAAAAUGUGGACCAAUAUUCAAAUAGCGUCCCGAAAUGUCGCUCAAAUUAUCUGGGUACACAUUCCUUUUGAGCGAACCGACAAGGAGAAGAACACGAUGACGACCGUGCAAAGCGUGAUCGAGAAAAAAUCAAUGAUCAACUUGGUCCAAGCUUUCUCUGUCUCGGUCAAGCACUUCCUUCGUGGCGAAACUGGUGUUUACUACGAAGAUCUCUACCCAUUGAUCUGUUUCCUCCCUCGCUAUGCCAAUUCCGUCGGACCCAAGACAGAAGCUGACAUGCUCCCCUUAUGGGCAGCUUCAGAAGAAGCAGAAUAUCCCCUUCACAAAGCCCAGCCGCCACCGCCCUCUCGCGGUGCUACCGCUCCGCCAUCACUUAAUGAGGACUUCAAAUCAGAAACCAGCAGCAACUGGGUGCGGACACUGGUUGGUCGCGGCAAGCCCAGUCGAUCAAAUUCGGUGGAUCCCGAGAAGGCGCUUGCGGACAUUCAGAGCCACCGCCCAUUGAAGCCCGCCAAGAACCCGCCUGAGGCAUCGUUCUUCGACUACUUCCCAUUCCUCCGCAUCUUCGCCGUCCUCACCAAGUGCUGCAGACGGAAGAACAAGCGUCGUCUCCGAGACUCGUUGGGCAGGAAAAUCAAACCCAGCUUUACUGAGAGCAAUGUCCCCCUUGAAGUGACAAUUUAUCUUAACAACUACCUGGCUUAUUGCUUGAAGAAUGGCUGGCUUCAACCAGCUCUUGCUACUGGUCUCAUGAACAACAUUGCCACGCUUCAGGACACGCUUUCGAAUCUGGACCGUAUCGGCAAUACGCCGUUGCCAUUUGCUUACCAGGCUCAUUUGCGCAUGUCGUUGUGGCUUUACCUGCUCUUCCUUCCCUUCCAAGUUGUGAGCGCUCUGCACUGGCUGACGAUCCCCGGAACGGCGUUUGCGUCCUUCCUUCUCCUUGGAUUCUUGGAAAUCGGUCAAGAAAUCGAAAACCCCUUCAACUAUGACCUCAACGAUCUCGAUCUCGACAGCUUCUGCCUCGCAAUCCAACGCGAACUCCAUGAGAUCACGGCUCACACCACCCCAGAUCCCAGCACGUUCGUCUUCACGUCAUGGAACCAGCCAUUCGCGCCUGCCGACCGUCGCAGUGCCGAAGAAAUCGUUACCAUGGCGGCCGGCGGGUACACCCACCCAGACCAUGGUGAUGCCGAGCCCGGUAUGGCCACGAUUCGCCGAACGCUCCUCAAGAGCUGGCGCGAUGUCGACCACAUCACGCGUCAAAUGUAA